UUAUGGCAUACCCAUAUCCAUAAAUUUAAAAAUCAAUAACACAAGGAUAUUUUCUUAGGAAAAACAAAGAAUUAGAUCAAUGAUUUCUGUAGAACAACCUAACAGUUGCCUCCAACCUACUUCUUCGUGAAACGCUCUGUAUGCACGGUUCGAGUACGUGUUCGUGUGUACGCGUACAUCGGUAUUGUAUUUGCCCGCGGCCGUGGAUAGUAUCGCGAAAGCAAUGCAUCACACGCGGUAACGAUUGUACUCGUACAAAAAUUAACCGCGUGACAUGUGUUGUUUUCACCUAGGCCGUGAGCGCACGCGCACCGAACAAUCCGAACACGACCGAUCGUCAUCUUGGCAGAGACAGUUCACGGCGGAUGGAAUAGAAAAAAAAUCGAAACAAAAAAUUUGGAAUAAACGCACGUCGCGCAAACCUACGAACGACGCGCGUAACAACAGUGCACCCGCGCACGUACGGUGUUUGCGUUCUCGUGGAACAUGUUUCACGUGAAGUUGUGCUUUUACGUUCCAUUGUUCAUCGCCGUAGUGCCGCCGUCGCAGUCCGCCGAGCUCAUAAAAUCCUGCAAUACGGUGUACAACAAUACAGAACUGUCUCCGGAGAAAAUACUUCGAUGGUUAUCCGAUCCUUGUCGGUAUGACAAGACCAUAGCGCCGAGAAAACUCAGUGCACACACUCCAAUCAUAGUGUCCACUCGGAUUCACGUGUACUAUAUCACUUCCGUGUACCCGCAAAAUUUAGAUUUCAAAAUGCGCGUACUGUUACAACUCCGGUGGCAAGACGUCCGGCUGGCAUUCGAUGACCUUGCCCGAGUGGACACGUCUGAAGUGGUAUGUCAAAAGGGAAUACUGGAUCGGAUAUGGAUACCGAACGUGUACAUUACCAACGAGAAGCACUCGCUGACCAUAGCCGACUUUACCGAGGAUCUGAUGGUCACGGUGCUGCCGGACGGGAACGUCAUGUUGUCUGUCAGGUUAAAGACAUCCGUGUUCUGCUGGCUGAAAUUGGGAAGAUUCCCGUUCGACCGUCAACAAUGUCACUUCACCAUGGAGAGCUGGAAGUACGAUAUCAGUCAACUAGUGCUCGUUUGGGAAGUCGAAUCACCGGUCACCGCGUCUUUGAACGACAACUCGUGGGUGCCUUACUUAACGGAGUACAGAUUGCUGAAAAUAAUACCGCAAAGUGAAGAACUCGUCAUUGAACCAAUUUCCCUGAAUCCAAAUUCAACUCACCAUUACACGUCGCUCACAUUGACGGUCCUCCUGGCCAGGGAAUAUGGGUUCUACCUGAUGGACUACUACGUGCCGGGGAUAUUGUUGGUCACUAUCUCAUGGGUGUCGUUUUGGAUGGCUCCCGAUGCAACACCCACACGCGUCGCAAUCGGUACGAGUACAAUGCUCACGUACUUCCAGCUGGGCAUCGACACGGGUUCCAAGCUGCCCAACGUGUCCUACAUUAGAUCAAAUGACUUGUGGUUCAUCGUGUGCACCGUGUUUAUAUUUCUGUCUUUGGCAGAGUUCGCGUUUGUCAACACCAUAUGGCGAUACGGGCGCCAUCCCGUGAAGCUCAAGAGUAAAUCGAACAGGCAAAUAUUUAAAUCGUCGAUUAAAGCGAGCAAAAUGUCAAACACGAAAAACAGAAGAUUGAGCGCUACAGCCGCCGCUGGUUCGUUCCUCAACGGAACGAGGCUGAACAACGAGAACACUGGAACCACAGAGCUGAAUGCAGAACUCCCUUACGCGAUGGAAUUGAAAGCGAUGGGCAAGGUCAAGUUUAAGGUGUCGGAAGAAUCGACGCGCCAGUUGCACGGUGGUCUGACCACCACGGCGCAACAGAUUUCGAUUUGGAUCGACGAGAAGAGCAGAAUAGUGUUCCCAGCGGCGUUCAUUUUGUUCAACGCGGUGUACUGGGUUCUGUUGUGGGUCUGAUUACAGUUGUACGCACGUACAUAUACAUAAAUAUAUGUGUGCACUAAUACGGGGAUCCGAUGAAAGUACGUAUAUAAUUGUGUUGGCGAGAAAAUAUAGGAAAAGAAAGAAUUCUAAAAAAGUAAAAUACUAUAGGUUUCACGUUAAAUACAUAUAUUAUAUAUUAUUAUGUAUAUGGGUGAUUGUAA